AUGGACAUCCCACUUUCUUCCGAGGGCCGCGGCGCUGCUGAUGAGAAGCAAAAAUCCGCCAGUCAAAAUAGGGUGCGCCGACGAAAUCGGAUGAUCACGUCGUGUCUGGAAUGUCGCCGGAGAAAGCUCAAAUGUGAUAAGCUGCAUCCUUGUACUAACUGCAGCAAGUUCUCGCGCGACUGUCUCUUCCUAGCGCCGGCUCUAGAUUCGGUCUCCCAGCAACGCCUCAAUGAGAUCAAGGAAAAGAUGGGAUCACUGGAACGAGUGCUUGAGCAGGACGUCGCGCGUAAGGAGGGAAGGACUGCCACAGCCUCGCCUCAAAAAUCCCAACGAAGAACUUCAGCCGACCUGCCUGGAGGCGAGGACAGCAGUUCUGACAACGAAGCCACCGUCCCUGAAGACGAAAAAGGGCUUGAACCGACCCCGCUGGCAGUCAUCGAUGCUGCGUACGAGGACGAUGCUAAUGAUGAUGUCCUGGACCUGGGGAUUGCAAUUGGGAAAAUGCGAUUAACGGAGCGACUGGGUGGCUUCUUCCGACCCAGACUCCAUGAAGAGAUGGACAUCACUCUCUCAGAACCCACCAAUGAUCGUCGCACACCAGACGAGAAGCUCUCCGCCAUGCCUCAACUCCCAGAUCAUGUUACUGACUUCCUAGCACCCGGACCUUCGUACAUUGCCCCAGGAUCCGGAUUCUUGUUUGGGGAUGUCGGCAGUAAGAGGUCCCUUAUCAAUUUCUUGCCGGCAAAAGGUGCGGCCGACAUUUUGGUGCGCAACUAUUUUGAUAACGUGCAUUUCAUUGCUCGUGUUGUCCACUGGCCCAGCUUCCAGCUGCAUUAUGACAAUUUCUGGACUGCAGUGCUUGCCGGUCUCGAACCACCUCCGUGGCAACAAUCUAUUGUCCUCUCGGUUCUGUUCUCGGCUGUGGCAAGCAUGCCAGAGUCAGACGUCACGGCUAUUUUCGCUAGGCCCAAGGCCACCAUACUCGGUAACUUCCAGACUGGCACUGAGGUGGCCUUGAGUAAAGCGCAAGUCCUGAGGGCGACAAAGAUUGAGACAUUACAGUCUCUUGUGAUCUACCUUAUCCCCAUGUGUCGAGACCAACUUUCUCGAGCCCACUCGGUAAUAGUUGGCAUGGCGGUUCGCCUUGCGGAAUGCAUGGGGCUACAUCGUGACCCGGAGACAGUCUAUGGCCUAUCCCCCGUGGAGUGCCAUGUCCGCCGCAUUGUCUGGUUCCAACUUUGCUUCCUGGAUUUCCGCACAUGCGAGUCUCAAGGGCCGCGACCGGGCAUUAAGCGAGAGGACUACGACACGAAGUUUCCACUCAACAUCAACGAUGCUGAGCUCCUCUUGGCGAGGCCACAAGAGGAGAAGGACAAGUGGACAGACAUGACCAUGUCACGAAUACACUUUGAAUGUACAGAAAUGCAACGAGUUAUAUGGUACGAUCGUAUUCGCAUCGAAAAGAAACGGGCGUCAUUGACCCACGUCUUGAGCAAAGUGGAAUCAUUCCGCAAAGCCAUGGCGGCUAAGUACAAUCCAAUCUUGGAUAUUGAAGUGCCUAUUCAGAAAUACGCACAAUUGUUGAUGAACCUUAUGGUUCAGCGGAUGUAUGUCAUGGUGCUGCAUCGGUACUUGAACAAUGCAAGCAACAAAGUGCCUGAGAGGCUUGCAAAUCUCACUAUACAGAGCGGUCUGCUCGCUAUGGAGAAUGCGGUCGCAAUGGAACGAAUACCAGAGCUUAGGAGAUGGAAAUGGUACAACGGAGCCUACCAGCAAUGGCACAUCGCCUUCUUGCUACUGUCGGUGAUUUAUCAACAGCCGACACUUCGAGAUGCCGAACGUAUAUGGAAUGUGAUCGACUUUGUUUUUGAGCCAGAUCUCUCACUGUCUCGGACUCAACGAGCCAGGACAAUUAUUGCAGCAGUUAGGGAUCGAACGGCCGUAUAUCGAGACUUACGCAGGAUUCGCAUUCCAGUGAGCAUGAAGGACGGCCUGGACAGACCCCGUCAGAGCUCUGAACCAUCGACGAAGGACAAUGGUCAAACCGAGACGUCCAACUCGUCGCAUCUAUCGGCUAUCACGGCAACGUCAGCUCCGAAUGCAGGGAGCUUCUCGGCCGACCAGUCCUGGAGUUUUGAUACUCCGGCAACAAUGUAUGUUGACGCGAAAUACCUGCCGCCCGCAGCUGCUGGCCAUCUCACACAGUUCGCGUCCUCACAGUUUUCACCACCACCUUCUGCAAGACAACAAUCGCCUCUGAUAUCGCAAGCACAGCCAAAGUCACAAGCGCAGUCGCAGCAAACACCACCUCGGACAGACGCAAAUCAGGCUUCGCCAGGUCAGCAGAUUGACUUUAACAGUCCCAGCGACUCGGGCACAAAUGAUUCCUGGCCCCCCCUGAUCACGACGGAUCAAGUCAGCUGGCGGACAGUCUUGGGGCCAGGUCCACAGGCAUCGCCGCCCGCGCAAGCCAUCCAAUCUCUUCCUGGAAUACCAAGGCAACCGUCCUCCGGGGGUGGCAGUCCCUUUGGGAUCAACUCGGGCUUUCCAAGUGAUCAGAUCAACAUCCCACAGUUCCAGAAUAGCAACCGACAUGAUUCUGUCAUGCUUGACAUUGACUGGGCCGAAUGGGAUCAACUCUUCCCACCGGACAGCAAUAAUGCCGUUCUUGGGCCAGCACAUCAUUUUGGAAUGGGAAUGUCCUCGUAG